CUUUCUCAUUCACCAACGAUGUCUCUAAGUGUCGACACAACCUCAUUGGAAAGUUCUGAAUUUGAAGACGAUGACGACGCGUAUGCUCUCGAUUCGCUGAUUUCUAGCUCACCAAGUGCAUAUACCCAUACUUUUACCUCUCCAGCUCCAGAGCAUCACCUUGACGAUAGCCAGCUCAACUUGAAGGACAUUCCUGCGGCAGAUCGAAAGGAAACUACUCACAUAAAGACACCCCAACUUCCCAUCGAAGUCAUCGAUUACAUCGCUUCUUUCUUGUUCGACUCUUGCUCAUCUGGCUGCUUCUUCCACAUCCACUCAUUCUCUUUGGUCUGUUCUCAGUUUAGACACGUCGCUCUUCGUCAUUAUUUUUCUUCCAUUCGCAUUGUGUCUGCAAAGCAACUUGCUGCAUACACAAAUUUUCAUUUCUCCUUGGCCUCCCGCAAUACCCCAUGCGACAGUGUUGGAUUAGACUACGUUAAAACACUUACAGCGCCAUCGCACGCUCUUGAAGCAGCAUCGUGGAACCCGUCUCUUUAUAGGAACCUGAAGCACUUGAUCAUCUCUUUCUCAUCGGAUGGAAGACAAUCCCAGACAACGCGACUGAAGCGCAUCUUCUCACCACCAGCAAUCCCCCUGAUUACAUGGUUUCUUCCUCAGCUUACAUCUCUCACAAUGACAAAACUCUGGCGAAUUGACGUAACUUUGCUGAAAACGGUUGCAUCUGCGUUCCCUUCUGUGAAGGUCCUGCACCUUAGUUGUUCGGAACAGCUAGAUGUCUCCUGUUGUUGGCCUUGCUUCGAAGAAAGUUCAUCUGCCGUCGUGCACUCGCCAAUCCCGAACUACUUCCAUGACAUCACGAGAUUGACGGACAGCUUCGCGGAUUCACUGGAAACACUAACCCAGCUGACUGAUCUUCACCUUGGUAUCUUUCUUUCAGACGAGGAAAUGGUGGAAAAGCAUCUUGAGCACUACGACACCCCGUUGGCCUUCGAUCAUACGCUCCGAACAGCGUUCAGUCCCAAAGCUGCAUCUCCUCCCACUGGAAACAUCCUCAGUCAACCGGAAACCGAGACUACCACAGGACUCAUAUCCUAUUCAAUAGACAAAGAUGACGAAAAAGAGGAGCCUCGCUACGGAGCCUGUACUGAAGACCUCCCCUUUCCUCACGGCCCAGAGCUCUGCCGUACAUGCAACCUCAUCGGAUCCGCCUCCAAGGUACGCACACGAGAGCUGGAGGCAAGUCUCGCGCUCGCCAGGAAAAUCAAGACUUUACGGACGGUUGGCUGGAGCUCGUUCUUCUCACAUCUGGCCUUCGAGCCAGACGAAAAAUAUGCUGGCGAUUGGCGUAGGAGAACAACAGUUUACAUUCUACGUGCGAAUGGGAGGGUGCGAGUGCGUAGGAGACCCUGGUAAUGCGUAAUUUUGCAAUCAGAUAAGCAUCGUUUGUUCUCCGUUCAAACCCGAACCAGGAAGCAUUAGUGUCUUUUCGUCUGUGAAAUGCUCCCCUACAAUGUAUUGCACGCAAACAGCCGCCAUGCAAUCGCAUCAUUCGAAAUUUUCAAGUUGUACGUUGAGCCCUGAGCAAUAGGUUGAUAUGGCGUCAUUGCGUAGCUUUAAAAUUAAAGCGGAAUCAGAGGGACGAACAAUGGGCUCAAUGGAUUGUGCCA